CGAGUUUUCGAGUAUUGCCUACCUUUAUUUUGUGGUUGAUGUAGUCGCGAGACGCGAACAGUCGACGACCACGGGCUUCAGAUAGAACCUGUGGGUGGAACGAUAGAAUGGCAGAUGCGGGAUUGCGGGCGUUGCGGACGCUUAGUGGAACGCGGCCCGUGAUGCUAAUUGACUUUGACAGUACUUUUUAACCGAAAAAAUGGCGAUUGGUGUGGAUACGUCCAAAUGGAAACCUAGAAAAUUAAAUGGAACGCCUGCUGCUAAAGCGAUAAAUAUUGUUAGCGGAUGUGUUUUAAGUGCUGGACUUUUGAUCGGUGCAUUUUACCAAUACUCGAGUGUCACGGGUAAGAUUAGAAAAACAAUCGAUCCUAUAUAUAGAGAUCCAAUAGAAGAAGUAGAAAGAAAACUUAUGAUCGCUAGUGGUUUACCUAAUAGAUCUGGUGACACGAUCAGAAAAUUGUUAAAAGAGGAAGCAAGGACUGAUUUGCCUGAUAAAUAACAUGAAUGUAGAGAAGAGUAUUAGGUGGGUUAGUCAGUUGUAAAAUAUUGUAAUGUAAAUAAAUUAUUUAGUUAAUAAAAUAAGUGUUUUUAAUUGCCAGUGAAUGCCUCACUCCAUGCUCUGUUAUAAGCACCUAUUUUUCCAAGGAUACUGUAAUGGAUGAUAGCUCAUCUGAAUUUCAUACGAAAAAAAUUUAUACCACUGGCCCUAAAAAAGUGCAAAAACCAAAAGUAAGUAGAGCAAAGAAACCCAUAAAGAAAAUUAAAAAUCAAAAAGAUAUUAGGACAUUGAUAAAAAAUAAAAACAGUGAAAUCGUUUCAUAUUCAAAAGCGUUUGACCAAGUUUGUAAAAAGAAUGGUCUUGAUAUUGACCCUGAAGAACUGCAAUUGGCAAUAACAUUGUCAAAAUCACUUCAAGAAACGGAAACUAAAUUUGAUGAAAAUUUGCAAGAAUCAAAACCUUUGUCUUCUCAGGAGAAAACUGCAAGGAUAAGAAUAACAUUACAAGAGUACGGAUUUAGAGUUCCAAAUACAAAAGUAUCCAAAGACUCCAAUAAACGAAAAAAAGUUAAAAAACAAUACAAACUGCUACUUGUUUCUGAUGAAGAGAAAAAACAAAUUAUAUCUGAGAGAUACGCAGAAGUCUUAGCAAAGAAUAUUUGUAAAUCUCCUCUAAAGAAUAAAAUUACGUCAAAUUAUUAUGACCUAGAAGUAUUUUACAAGGCGACAAAUAUACUCUAUGAAUGUAUGAAAAUUGACGACGUAUUUUAUGUGAAGGAUUUGUUUGAGAAAACAACAAGUAAAUAUUGUAUGUUAAAGGAUUGGUCAAAUAUACCGGGCAGACCUGCAAGCCCUAAGAGAGAGGUAAAAAAUAUUAAUUUUGAAAACAUUGAUUGCACACAAGAUGAAUUAGAUGUCAUAUUAAGUGGUUCAAUAUACGCAGCACAAAGUAUUAUAGAAAGUAAGUGUAUAGUAAACAAUUCUAAUAUGUUUAAAAGUAGUGAAAAUAAUAGCCAAUAUAUGGUCAUUGAUGUGGGUGUGGACAAUGAUAUAAAAGUGUCCACAAAUAAUGAAAUGAACAACUUAUACUCACAUAGUAAAAAUAAUUUAAAAUUUGAUACUAUGUUAUCAGUAUCACAGAAAAAUGAUAAUGGUACAAUAGCAACCACAAAUAAAGAAAUAAGUGACUUGUGUACAAACAGUAAAAGUACUUUAAAGCUUGACACCAUGUUAACAAUAACACAAAAUCUAAGAAGUGCAUCACCAGAUUUAUUUGAUGAUGAUUUUUCCUUAACAUCAGAUGAUACACACAAUGCUAUCCAAACCGUAGAAGACAAUGUAACUCAAAGUAAGAAUAAUGUCACAGAUUGUAUGGAUUUAACAGAAUGUGUGUCUAGUGCUCCUGAAAGUGAUAAAACACUUAAAAUCAAACUUUCUCAAAAAAAAGUAAAUAUUACAAAUAGAAAAUCAAAUGUAAUGGAGAUUACAGAAUGUGUCUCAACUAGUAUCAAACAAAACUGUGUAGAUAUUGAUCUUACACAAGAUUUUAUUACACAAAAUGAAAAAAAUGAGAAUAAUAUUGAAACAGAAAAUUUUAAAAUAGAUGUAACUCAAUCUAAAUUUGAUGUUAAUGUAUUUGAUGCUAACAUUGCUGCAAUAGAAAGAAAAGACUUAUUAGAUGAAAUGAUUAUAAAUAGUGAUUGUGUGGAAAUUGUUUCUGAUAAAGUAUCAAAUAAAAAACUAUUAACAUCCCGAAUCAACCCAGAAAUUAAAAAUGAUGAUAAUGCUAAAGUAGAAAAAAUGGAAUGCCUUCCUUCCAGUUCUAAACAAAAUGUUAUAGAAAACAUUGAUCUAACACAAAUUACAUAUUCAAAAAUAAAUUUAUCCAAUAACUUUCUACCAGAAAAUUUACAUAUAGAUUUAACACAGACAAAUUCUUGCAUUUUUCCAUUAACAGAAAGAGCCAGUUCAAAUAUUGAUAAUUUAGUAGGUGAUGUUAUAAUUGUUGGAGAUUCAGAAUUAUUAUCAGAUCCUAUAUCAAAAGAAGAUAUUUAUAUGAGCCAAAAAGACUUAAUAAUUUCAAAUUCUAGCAAAAAUACAGAAGAUAAUAGUUUAGAACCAAAGGAUAUUGACAACAGUUGUAAUAUUGAUGAAAAUAAUUUGAGUAAAGAAAAUAAUACUAAUUUAGAAAUUGAUAUAACUCAAUCCUCGAAUGCGGAUAAUGGCUCAGAAAAUGGCCUCACAAAAAAGGAUGAUUUAUCAGACAAAUCCAGUCCUGUGAUAAAUAAAGAAUUACCAAAUGCACCAAAAGAUUCAGAUAUUGUAUAUAAUGAUUGUAAUAAAUCGGAAAAGAAUAACAAAAUAGAUGAUUUUGAUUAUAAUCAUGACUUUUAUAGUUAUAAUGAAAAUUUAUAUAAGGAUUCAUAUUAUUUUCGCAAUAAUAAUUUACCCAAUAAUAAUUCAGAAGACAAAGUAGAAUUGGAAAAUACUGAUUGUGAUAAUAAAAGCCCAUCUCAUGCUAAAAGUCCGAAUAACGAUUCAUGUAUACUAAUGAAAGAUAAUGAAUGUACCUCAUUUAAACGAUUAGAAAAAAACAAUAAUGCUAAAAGUGAUGUAGCUGAGGCUGAUGGGAUUGAUUUAACUCAAAGCUCUGAUUCAUCCAAUGAAGCUAUGGAAAUAUGUAUACCAAAAUAUCCCGAUAUAAAUAAUUUAGGUAAAGUAGACAAUAUAUCUGUAGAUUAUGAUGAAAUGUUUGACGAUGUUGUAAGUAAAAGAAGUAAAUGCACACCUCAAACUUCUCUUAAGUCCAAUAAUAAUAAUACAUUAAAUAGUAGUAGUAAAAUUGGAACUUCAAACAAUGAAGAUUCUAGUUCCAGUAAAGAGUCCGAAUGUUUCGAGAUUUCUGAUAAAGAAUUCAACUAUUCCAUGCAUCAAUCGAGACACAAUUUCGAAAUUGGAGGUGUUUCAAUAUUGGAUAAUGUAUCUGACUUCGAAAGUUCAAAUAGAUUGUUCAGCAAUGGUGACAUACCUACAACUAGUGUAAAUAAAAUUUGUACACCUAAGGCAGUAUUAAAUUCGCAAAAAGUAAUAUCUGAUACUUCUACACCCGUUAUAACCAAAUGUGUGAUUAAAGAAGUACAGAACACACCUAGAAAUAGUAAUUACAUAAUAAAAACACAAAAUGUAACACCAAUGAUGGAUUAUGAAGCAAUGACGUCACCCGAAAGAAACAGAGAGUUGGAAAAAUAUGGGCUAAAACCAUUUAAGAGAAAAAGAGCUAUACAACUGCUAAAACAUCUCUAUGAGCAAACCCAUCCACUUGUAGCAUUGUGUGAUCCAGAAGAAUGCUCAUCUCCAUCUAAGAGGCAGAAAUGUAACAGUGAACAUCCACGAUCUAUUUCACCACAAAAAUCCGUAAUAUCUCCUAGAAAAUCGCCAAAGAAAUCCCAAAGAUCGCCAAUAAAAUCUCAAAAGUCACCUAGUAAAAGGGAACCAAAACUAGUUAAAUCAAAUGUAGAGAAUUCAGUGUAUGUGGAAACAAAAAUAACUCCUGACAUCAAAGAAAUCAAAUGUAACCCAGAUGAUUGGGUAUUUCAGACAAGAGAAAAAGCAAAGGUACAUUCAUGCAAAGUCCCAUUACAUAUCGUAUUUCACAAUUACAUGUCUUGUCGGCAAGGAUUAAGAGAAGCGAUAUUACGGUAUGAACCCGUUAACAUUGAUAUGAUACACAGGGAUCUUGUAGCGUGCGGAUAUAAAUACAACCCUAAGGAUCUUUUAAGGUUUCUGGAUAAAAAGUGCAUCACGGUUAAAACUGCAGAAAAUAACACCAAAAAAUAGAAAAUAACAAGAAUUUUAAUAUGAUCAUCAUGUUAUAUUUUAAAGCUUUAUAUAUUCUAUUACAAGGUACCUUAGGAACAAUAAACGCAUCUAAAAAUGUGAUCAUGUACCAUUUUAAAA